AUGUUGGAAGUGUUGUUUCAAGACUUAAAGUUCUGGUCUACACUGUUCGAAGUCUUCGCUGGUGUAAGCCGAAGUGAUGCCGAGGUCGGUGAAGAUGUUGCCGAGUCCCAUGGCCCAGCCGAGGCGGAGAACGACGAGGAGGCGCGCGACAUCCGGGAGAUCGAAGACGUGUUCGGCGCGAAUCUGGAGGACAUCGGGAGUUGGAUGGAACGCGGGUCCUUCGCGAAAGACGCCGGGGGCGCGCUCGAGAACCGUCCGCUCUCCGCAGAAACUCCGGCUGAGGCUGGGCGAUUGAAGGGAGAUGAAGGGAGUGCCGAAGACACCGCAGAGUACCGCGACCCUGCAUCUGCAGAUCUUCCAGCGGAGGACGCCGAGGGCGGCACGUCCGAGAACUUGCGUCCGCUCGCAGAAUCUGCGCCUGAGGUCGAAGACGCCGCAGACAACCUCUGCCCCACAUCUGCAGAUGCUCCAGCAGAGGCCUCAGAUGAGUACUCGUCACAGGGCUCAGUGGAGAAGUAUGCCGAUGUAGAGGGUAGGGAGGCGAAGCCAAGUCGUGCAAGUGACGACGCAUGCGACGAGUAUUGCGGAUCGGAGGGGCACAGCUAUGAGGAGGAGGAGGAGGAGGAAGAUGUAAAGGUCGAUGCGUCAGACCGAGCAGCAGAGGAUGAGGAGGAGUACCCACACGAGUCUGGAUCGGAUGACAGGGGCGAAGAAGUCACGGCCCCUGACGAGGAUGAGGAGGGGGACGAGUACGACGAGUACUCAGAUGAGUAUUCGUCACAAGGCUCUGCCGACGUGGAGGGUUCUGAAGAGGAGCUAAGGGAAGACUGCUCAGGGUCGGAGUACAGCUAUGAGGAGGAGGAUGAGGAGGAGGAGGAGGAAGACGAUGUAUCUCAGGCCGAUGUGCCUCCUGAUGCGGGCAAAGCUGGUUCCCUGCACAACAAAGAGUGCGAUGGUGCGCAGGAGGUUGGUUCGGCCGAGGGCCGACAGAACAACGCUGAUGACAGUGAGAUCGCGAUUCAUGAGCUAGAGAACGACACUGCCGGUGGUUCAAAGCAGGACAAAGCAGUUGAUGAGGCAGCCGAUGCUGGAGAGGCUGCCUAUGUCGACGGUGAUGCUGUUGAGCAUGUCCCUGAAGCCGAAGAUGAAGCCGCCGAUGAUGCGGCCGGGGCCGAUCAGUCCGAGUCGGGUGCUUUGAAGGAUGACAGUCAGAUCCCGCUUCAUGAGGCCGAGGAUGCUGACCCAGAGGGCGACACUCCAGGCGGUGCGAAGCAGGGCAAGGCGGUCGACGAGGCAGCCGAUGCUGGAGCGGCUGCCUGUGUCGACGGUGGCGCUGGAGAGCAUGUCCCUGAAGCCGAAGAUGAAGCCGCCGAUGAUGCGGCCGAGGCCGAUGAGUCCGGCUCGGAUGUUGGGGAGGAGGAUGGUGACGUCACGCUGCGCGGCUCAAAGGAGGACAAAACAGUUGAUGAGGCAGACGAGGUGCUGGCCACAGAGGAGGGACCUGAGGCCCACGCCUUCUUUGCACGGUUGACCGGGGUGCAACUCAUUGCCUCAGAUGAUGUGCCUUCCGACGCCAGCUCGGUCCGUCUGGUUCCGGUGCAAAAGGUCGUGCUGCACGUUGCCCUUUCCGAUCGACAGGCGAUGGCCGCAGAGGAUGCUGAACCUGAGGCGCAGACCCUCGAGAAGCGCCGUGAAGGCAUCCAUGGUGACCCCAAGCAGGAGGACGCCGAGGGCCUGCCCGAGAACUUACGGCCUCUCUCCGAAGAAACUCCAGCUGAGGCAGAAGACGCCGCGGAGCACUGCCCCACAUCUGCAGAUGCUCCAGCGAAGGACGCCGAGGGCGCGUCCGAGAACUUGCGUCCGCUCGCAGAGUCUCCGCAUGAGGUCGAAGACGCCGCAGACAACCUCUGCGCCACGUCUGCAGAUGCUCCAGCACAGGCCUCGGAUGGACCGUCUGGAUCGGAUGACAGGGGCGAAGAAGACAGUGCCCAGGCCGAGUACGACAAGUACUCAGGUGAGUACUUGUCACAGGGCUCAGUGGAGAAGUAUGCCGAUGCAGAGGGUAGGGAGGCGAAGCCAAGUCGUGCAAGUGACGACGCAUGCGACGAGUAUUGCGGAUCGGAGGGGCACAGCUAUGAGGAGGAGGAGGAGGAGGAGGAGGAGGAGGAGGAGGAGGAAGAUGUAAAGGUCGAUGCGUCAGACCGCGCAGCUGAGGAUGAGGAGGAGUACUUCACGGCCCCUGAAGAGGAUGAGGAGGGGGACGAGUACGACGAGUCCUCAGAGGAGUAUUCAUCACAAGGCUCUGCCGACGUGGAGGAGGAGGAGGACGAUGUAUCUGAGGCCGAUGUGCCUCCUGAUGCGGGCAAAGCUGUUCCCCUGCACAACAAAGAGUGCGAUGGUGCGCAGGAGGGUGGUUCGGCCGAGGGGCGACAGAACAACGCUGAUGACAGUGAGAUCGCGGUUCAUGAGCCAGAGAACGACACUGCCGGUGGUUCAAAGCAGGACAAAGCAGUUGAUGAGGCAGCCGAUGCUGGAGAGGCUGCCUGUGUCGACGGUGACGCUGGAGAGCAUGUCCCUGAAGCCAAAAAUGAAGCCACCGAUGAUGCGGAGUCUGGGUCGGGUACUGUGAAGGAUGACAGUCAGCCGCUUCACGAGGCCGAGUAUGCUGACCCAGAGGGCGACACUCCAGGCGGUGCAAAGCAGGGCAAGGCGGUCGACGAGGCGGCCGAUGCUGGGGAGGCUGCCUGUGUCGACAGUGAUGCUGGGGAGAACGUCCCUGAAUCCGCCGAUGAUGCGUCCGAGGCCGACGAGUCCGGCUCGGGUGUUUGGGAGGAGGAUGGUGACGUCACGCUGCGCGAAAGUGGCUCACGGGAGGACAAGGCAGCUGAUGAGGCAGCCGAUGCUGGGGGGGCUGCCUGUGUCGACAGUGAUGCCAGAAAGGCGCUGGCCACAGAGGAUGCUGGACCUGAGGCCUCAGAUGAUGUGCCUUCCGACGCCAUAGAGGCUGCGGAAACCAACAAAUGCGCGACCCUUGUCAUGGCGGAGGCGCUGGCCACAGAGGAUGCUGCACCUGAGGCCUCAGAUGAUGCGCCUUCCGACCCCAGCUCGACGCAUCUGGUUCUACAGUCUGUGGUGCAACAGGCGCAGACCCUCGAGAAGCACCGUGAAGGCAUCCAUGGUGACCCCAAGCAGGAGGACGCCGAGGGCUUGCCCGAGAACUUGCGGCCGCUCUCCGCAGAAACUCCAGCUGAGGCAGAAGACGCCGCAGAGCACUGCCCCACAUCUGCAGAUGCUCCAGCGGAGGACGCCGAGGGCGCGUCCGAGAACUUGCGUCCUCUCGCAAAAUCUCCGCCUGAGGUCGAAGACGCCGCAGACAACCUCUGCCCCACGUCUGCAGAUGCUCCAGCAGAGUUCUCAGGUGAGUACUCGUCACAGGGCUCAGUGGAGAAGUAUGCCGAUGCAGAAGGUAGGACAGUGAAGCCAAGUCGUGCAUGUGACGACGCAUGCGACGAGCAUUGCGGGUACAGCUAUGAAGAGGAGGAGGUGGACGAGGAGGAAGAUGUAAAGGUCGAUGCCUCAGACCGCGCAGCAGAGGAUGAGGAGGAGUACUCAGACGAAUCUGGAUCGGAUGACGGGGGCGAAGAAGUCGCGGGCUCUGAAGAGGAUGGGGAGGACGAGUACGACGAGUACGACGAGUACUCAGAUGAGCAUUCGUCACAAGGCUCUGCCGACGUGGAGGGUUCUGAAGAGAAGCGACAGGAAGACUGCUCAGGCUCAGGAUCGGAGUACAGCUAUGAGGAGGAGGAGGAGGAGGAAGACGAUGUAUCUGAGGCCGAUGUGCCUCCUGAUGCGGGCAAAGCUGGUCACGUGCACAACAAAGAGUGCGAUGAUGCGCAGGAGGUUGGCAACGCAGAUGACAUUGAGAUCGCGAUUCAUGAGCUAGAGAACGACACUGCCGGUGGUUCAAAGCAGGACAAAGCAGUUGACGAGGCAGCCGAUGCUGGAGAGGCUGCCUGUGUCGACGGUGAUGCUGGAGAGCAUGUCCCUGAAGCCGAAGAUGAAGCCGCCGAUGAUGCGGCCGGGGCCGAUCGGUCCGAGUCGGGUGCUUUGAAGGAUGACAGCCAGAUCCCCUUUCAUGAGGCCGAGGAUGCUGACCCAGAGGGUGACACUCCAGGCGGUGCGAAGCAGGGCAAGGCAGUCGACGAGGCAGCCGAUGUUGGGGAGGCUGCCUGUGUCAACGGCGAUGCUGGAGAGCAUGUCCCUGACGCCGAAGAUGAAGCCGCCGAUGAUGCGGCCGAGGCCGAUCAGUCCGGGUCGGGUGUUUUGAAGGAUGACAGCCAGAUCCCGCUUCAUGAGGCCGAGGAUGCUGACCCAGAGGGCGACACUCCAGGCGGUGCGAAGCAGGGCAAGGCGGUCGACGAGGCAGCCGAUGUUGGGGAGGCUGCCCGUGUCGACGGCGAUGCUGGAGAGCAUGUCCCUGACGCCGAAGAUGAAGCCGCCGAUGAUGCGGCCGAGGCCGAUCAGUCCGGGUCGGGUGCUUUGGAGGAUGACACGCUUCAUGAGGCCGAGGAUGCUGACCCAGAGGGCGACACUCCAGGCGGUGCGAAGCAGGGCAAGGCGGUCGACGAGGCAGCCGAUGUUGGGGAGGCUGCCUGUGUCGACGGCGAUGCUGGAGAGCAUGUCCCUGACGCCGAAGAUGAAGCCGCCGAUGAUGCGGCCGAGGCCGAUCAGUGCGGGUUGGGUGCUUUGAAGGAUGACAGCCAGAUCCCGCUUCAUGAGGCCGAGGAUGCUGACCCAGAGGGCGACACUCCAGGCGGUGCGAAGCAGGGCAAGGCGGUCGACGAGGCAGCCGAUGUUGGGGAGGCUGCCUGUGUCGACGGCGAUGCUGGAGAGCAUGUCCCUGACGCCGAAGAUGAAGCCGCCGAUGAUGCGGCCGAGGCCGAUCAGUCCGGGUCGGGUGCUUUGAAGGAUGACAGCCCGAUCCCGCUUCAUGAGGCCGAGGAUGCUGACCCAGAGGGCGACACUCCAGGCGGUGCGAAGCAGGGCAAGGCGGGCGACGAGGCAGCCGAUGUUGGGGAGGCUGCCUGUGUCGACGGCGAUGCUGGAGAGCAUGUCCCUGACGCCGAAGAUGAAGCCGCCGAUGAUGCGGCCGAGGCCGAUCAGUCCGGGUCGGGUGUUUUGAAGGAUGACAGCCAGAUCCCGCUUCAUGAGGCCGAGGAUGCUGACCCAGAGGGUGAGACUCCAGGCAGGGCGAAGCAGGGCAAGGCGGUCGACGAGGCAGCCGAUGACGGUGAUGCUGGAGAGAAUGUGCCUGAAGCCGAAGAUGAAUCCGCCGAUGAUGCGUCCGAGGCUGAUGAGUCUAGCUCGGGUGUUUGGGAGGAGGAUGGUGACGUCACGCUGCAUGCCGGUGGCUCAAAGGAGGACCAAGCGCUUGAUGAGGCGCUGACCACAGAGGAUGCUGGACCUGAGGCCUCAGAUGAUGUACCUUCCGACGCCAGCUCGGUCCAUCUUCCACAGUCUCCGGUGCCAAAGGCGCUGGUCACAGAGGAUGCUGGCCUUGAGGCAGAGAUGCGGUGUGGCGAUGUCCACGACGAGGAAGCGCAGGAGGAGGAAGAUGCAAGCGUCGACGCGUCAGACCGCGCGGCAGAGGAUGAGGAGGAGUGCUCAGACGAGUCUGGAUCGGAUGACAGGUGCGAAGAAGUCACGGCCCCUGAAGAGGAUGAGGAGGGGGACGAGUACGACGAGUACUCAGAUAAGUAUUCGUCACAAGGCUCUGCCGACGUGGAGGGUUCUGAAGAGGAGCGACAGGAAGACUGCUCAGGAUCGGAGCAAAGCCAUGAGGAGGUGGAAGGCGAUGUGUCUGAGGCCGAUGUGCCUCCUGAUGCGGGCAAAGCUGGUUCCAUGCACAACAAAGAGUGCGAUGGUGCGCAGGAGGUUGGUUCGGCCGAGGGCCGACAGAACAACGCGGAUGACAUUGAGAUCGCGAUUCAUGAGCUAGAGAAUGACACUGCCGGUGGUUCGAAGCAGGACAAGGCAGUUGAUGAGGCAGCCGAUGCUGGAGAGGCUACCCGUGUCGACGGUGAUGCUGGAGAGCAUGUCCCUGACGCCGAAGAUGAAGCUGCCGAUGAUGCGGUUGAGGCCGAUCAGUCCGGGUCGGGUGCUUUGAAGGAUGACAGCCAGAUCCCGCUUUGUGAGGCCGAGGAUGCUGACCCAGAGGGCGGCACUCCAAGCGGCGCGAAGCACGGCAAGGCGGUCGACGAGGCAGCCGAUGUUGGGGAGGCUGCCCGUGUCGACGGCGAUGCUUCAGAGCAUGUCCCUGUCGCCGAAGAUGAAGCCGCCGAUGAUGCGGCCGAGGCCGAUCAGUCAGGGUCCGGUGCUUUGAAGGUUGACCGUCAGAUCCCGCUUUGUGAGGCCGAGGAUGCUGACCCAGAGGGCGGCACUCCAAGCGGCGCGAAGCAGGGCAAGGCGGUCGACGAGGCAGCCGAUGUUGGGGAGGCUGCCCGUGUCGACGGCGAUGCUGCAGAGCAUGUCCGUGUCGCCGAAGAUGAAGCCGCCGAUGAUGCGGUUGAGGCCGAUCAGUCCGGGUCGGGUGCAUUGAAGGAUGACUGCCAGAUCCCGCUUCAUGAGGCCGAGGAUGCUGACCCAGAGGGCGGCACUCCAGGCGGUGCGAAGCAGGGCAAGGCGGUCGACGAGGCAGCCGAUGUCGGUGAUGCUGGAGAGAACGUCCCUGAAGCUGAAGAUGAAUCCGCCGAUGAUGCGCCCGAGGCUGAUGAGUCCGGCUCGUUUGUUUGGGAGGAUGCCGGUGGCUCAAAGGAGGACCAAGCACUUGAUGAGGCGCUGGCCACAGAGGAUGCUGGACCUGAGGAGCCAGUUCGGACAGCCAGAGAAGGGCUGCCAGAGCCAGAGGAGGAGCCUGCGGAAGCGCCUAGGGCACUGGUGGCCAACGGUGCGGCCGUGGUGCAAUUGAAGCAGGAUAAUCCUGAGAUGAAGCACACAACGUCGUGGCGCUCAUGGACGGCCUUGGAAAGUCGGCCGGACGAAGUUCCCUGUGAGGCUGCGGCUUCGGAAGCUGCUGUGUGCUUCAAAAGCGCUGAAGGAUCGUCGUCUUCCGGCGCAUCGUACCCGGAGAGACGACCGAUUCUUCGGGAUGCAGGCCGCCACAAGCCGAGGAAGACACUCAGUUUUUCUGAUGCAGUGGAGACCAGAGAGAUCAGCCCGAAUCCGCGAUCACCGUCAAAGAGUGAGGUGCCUGAACAAGAAGAAGACUUGAAGGCCCUUCCUGUGAAGGGCGAGGGCUCUCAGGAUGCUGGACAGGAAGCAGAGAAGCGAGGAGCACAUGGAGAAGAGUGUCGGAGCGACGCCGAAGCCAUUGAAGUCUCUGAUGCAGCCGAAGAGGAUGCCAUUCAGGCUCUUCCAGUCGGUGAAGAUGUUGAGUCCCAUGGCCCAGCUGAGGAGGAGGACAAGGAGGCUCGCGACAUCCGGGAGAUCGAAGACGUGCUCGGAGCGAAUCUGGAGGCCUCCGAUCAUGAUGCGCCUUCCGACGCCAGCUCGACGCAUCUGGUUCUACAGUCUCUGGUGCAACAGGCGCAGACCCUCGAGAAGCACCAGAACUUACGUCCGCUCUCCGCAGAAACUCCAGCUGAGGCAGAAGACGCCGCACAGCACUGCCCCAAAUCUGCAGAUGCUCCAGCGGAGGUCGAAGACGCCGCAGACAACCUCUCCCCCACGUUUGCAGAUGCUCCAGCAGAGGACGCCGGGGGCGCGCUCGAGAACCGUCCGCUCUCUGCAGAAACUCCGGCUGAGGACACUGCGCAACGCCAGCGCCUCCGAACCCACCUGGAAACUUGCCGGCUGGCGCCGAAGGCCACCGAUGGCCAAGAUUCGGAGGACUCACAAACCAAAGUCGCAGCCGCCGAGGAGGCUGCACUGAACGAAGAGAAGGACCCCUUGGCCAAGGUAUCAGCCAGUGCAGCCCAGCCAGCAAAAGAAGCGUACCUGGCACGAAAGGCAGAUGAGAAGGCAGAGGAGCAGCGUUUGGCCACAGAAUCUGCAGCCAAGAAAGCGGAAGAAGGGCGCUUGGUGCAGGAGGCAGCCAAAGAGCCCGCAAGAAAGGCGGAGGAGGAGCGCUUGGCCAGAGAAGCCGCGGCCAAGAAAGCGGAAGAAGAGCGCUUGGUGCAGGAGGAAGCCAAAGAGCCAGCAAGAAAGGCGGAGGAGGCGCGUUUGGCCAGAGAA